UUAUUAGUUCAAGUUCAGAUUCUUUUCCUUGCUUCUAACAGUUUUCACAAAUUUUUAUCUUGUCAGCAAUUUUUUUUUUAAACAGAUGCAGGUUUUAAGAGAUUCAAUCAUUCUGUAAAGAAAGUAGGGAAGGACUAAGACCUUCAUCUGAAUUACUCCACCCAUUAAUAGAUCCGAUGCUCAGCUCAAGGUUGUGAAUCAGUCAGCAUUAAUGGCGUGAUGAUCUCUUCUUCCUCAAAAUGGAUCAAGCAUCUGUCUACGGACUGGCUUUGGCUCAGGAACCACUGUACCACCGUAAAGAAAACCAAACAAGCCCACGCAUUUCUCCUCCGAAACCGUCUCUUCGACGAAAACCUGGCCGUCAGCAAGCUCAUCUCCUUCCUCGCUAUAUCCGAAUCGGGCAAACUCGACUACGCCCGGAAAAUAUUCACCCAGAUUGAGAACCCAGAUAUGUUCAUCUGGAACACCAUGAUCAGAGGCUACGCCAGAAGCAUUAAUCCUUCGGAGGCCAUCUCCUUUUACUACCUUAUGGUUCAGUCUGGUGUUGUAGCUGACAAUUACACCUACCCUUUUGUGUUGACGGCCUGCGCCCGUUUGGCGGCCCCUGAAUUGGGUAGAAGAUUCCACUCUGAAACGGUGAAGAUUGGACUAGAGUCGGACGUGUUUGUGCUCAAUUCUCUGAUACAAAUGUAUGCCAACUGUAGGUUCUUGGAUGUUGCUCGAAGAUUGUUUGAUGGAAAUCCUCUAAGAGAUGUUGUGACGUGGAAUGUCAUGAUCGGAGCAUAUAUUGACCGCGGCAUUUAUGAGCAAGCCUUUAAUUGGUUUGAAGAAAUGAGACAAUUAGAUUAUAUUCAACCGGAUUCUGUGACCUUGCUUCAUUUGGUUUCGGCUUGUACCCAACUGGGCAACCUGGAGCAAGGAAGAUUACUUCAUUUCUACUCAAAAGAGCUUGCUCUGGAUACAAACCUUCGACUAUGUAAUGCAAUUCUCGAUAUGUAUUGCAAAUGCGGGGAUUUGGAAUCUGCAAUGGAGGUCUUCGACAGUAUGCCAGAGCGAGACCUUCUAUCGUGGACUAGCUUGUUAUCAGGACUGACUAACUCUGGUCAUUUCAUUGAGGCCUUGCAUUUCUUUGGGCAGAUGCAGUCUGUGAAUAUCAGGCCAGAUGAGAUCACUCUUGUAACCGUGCUCUCAGCUUGUGCUCAGACAGGGGCCUUGGAUCAAGGAAAGUAUAUUCAUCUCUUGAUUGAUCGAUACAAGGUGAACCGCGAUAUCAUCCUUGAGACAGCUCUGGUCGAUAUGUAUGCCAAAUGCGGGAACAUUAAUUUUUCUCUGCAAGUCUUCAACAAGAUGAGAGUGAAGAAUGUCUUCACAUGGAACACUAUGAUUGGAGGGCUAGCAAUGCAUGGUCAUGGCCAACAGGCAAUGGCGCUUUUUGAGCGAAUGAAGCAGGAAGGAUCAAUGCCCGACGACGUAACAUUCAUUGCCUUCUUGUGUGCAUGCAGCCAUGCGGGGUUGGUCAAGGAGGGUAUCGAAGUUUUCAAAUUAAUGCAAGAGGUUUACCUAAUUAAACCGAGGAUGGAACAUUAUGGUUGUAUGGUUGAUUUGCUAUGCAGAGCUAGGCUGGUGGACGAUGCAUUGGCCUUCAUAGAGAAUAUGCCCAUCAAGGCUAAUGCAGUCUUGUGGGCUACUCUUCUUGGAGCUUGUAGGAUCGGUGGACAUCCUGAGCUUGCAGAGAAGGUGGGUAAACGUGUAAUUGAAUUGGAACCUGAUUCUGAUGGCCGCUACGUGCAAUUAUCAAAUCUCUAUGCCGGAAUCCAUCGUUGGGAUGAAGCCAUGAAAAUUAGGAACCAAAUGACACUUAAGAAAAUAGAGAAAACCCCAGGAUACAGUUGGAUUGAGUUGAAUGGAAUGAUUCAUCAGUUCAUUGCAGGUGAUAGAGCACACACUCAAACAGAAGAGAUCUAUAUGAUGGUGGAAGAAAUGUAUCAACGGGUCAAAUUGGCUGGAGGUCAUAUAACUGGUACUACCCAGGUCUUGUUUGAUAUAGAUGAGGAAGAGAAAGAACAUUCUUUGUUCUUGCAUAGUGAGAAGUUGGCCAUAGCUUUUGGCUUGAUGAGCACUGCCCCUGGUUCACCCAUUCGGAUUGUCAAAAACCUCAGGGUCUGCAAUGACUGCCAUUCUUUUGUUAAAGUUAUCUCUAAGGUAUUCAAUAGAGAGAUAAUUGCAAGGGAUAGAAACCGCUUUCACCAUUUCAGGGAAGGAAAAUGUUCAUGCAUGGACUUCUGGUAAUAAUAGUUGAAAUUUAUAUCCCAAA